UCUCGCUCAGUCAGUAGAACGAUCGCCUGAGGUCCUUGUGUCCUAGGAUGGAAAGGUAUCGGCCCGCAGUCAGCAGAAUGUUUCUUCUGGUCAUCACAGCUGGGUUGUUAAUUGGAUACUGCACUCUCAGGUGGUUGUUGGGUUUGUCGACGAUAGAUAACUACGAAUCCAGAUACGUGUUCAUCACGGGCUGUGACAGUGGGUUCGGCAACCUCCUGGCAAAGCGCUUGGACUCCAUGGGUUUCAAUGUGUUUGCGGGCUGCUUGACGGACGAAGGAGCCGAGAGUCUUAGGAAAGAGGUAUCUCCCAGACUGGUCACCGUGGAUAUUGACGUCACGAGCGAAAAGAAAAUCCACGAUGCUUUCGUGUUUGUCCGUGACACAUUACCGGAUAAGACAGGUUUGUGGGCUGUGGUGAAUAACGCUGGUAUAGCGUGUGAUCCCGGCCCAGCUGAAUGGUUCCCCAGGUCGGAAUACGAACGUCUAAUGGCCGUCAACGUCUACGGCAUGAUUGACGUGUGCAGGACGUUUCUGCCCUUGAUACGAAAACAACAUGGCCGAAUUGUUAAUUGCUCCAGUUUGUCCGGACGAUUUGCUGUUGGGGUUGCUCCAUAUUGUGUUUCUAAAUACGGAGUCGAGGCGUAUUCCGACUGCUUGAGGCGAGAUUUGUAUGUUGAGGGAAUUACCGUGCAUAUGAUUGAACCUCUGACGUUCAAAACUCCAAUGAUCUCCAAUCUGCCACAACGUCUGCGCUCUGCCUUCGAACGAAUUAGUCCCGAAAUGCAAGCGUUUUAUGGCCAGACAUACUUGGAACAGUGUGAAGUCGUUGUGCGUAAGACGAUAGACACCAUGGUAAACCCCAACACGUACCUUGUGGUGGAUGACUACGUGCAUGCCAUCACGUCACGAUUUCCACGCGCCAGGUACAUGCCCGGGAAUUACACCAAGUACUUGCUCUGGGUGGUCUGGAGUCUUCCAGAAUGGAUCGUUGACUGGAUGCUGUCACUGAUGUUGCCCAAGCCCGCUGGAGCCAAGUGAACUUGCUUAUCCAGCUAAAACGUUGCUUACCUCGACAAAAAUGCUCAUAAAUACCGAUUUUUAAAAAAUUGUUUGGUUUUUGUAUACAAGGGCAGC